AGAAGAAUCAAAAAGAGAAGCUUUGGGUUUUUGGCUUCUUCAGCCGAGCUUGUAUCUUUCAGUCGGUUUUUUGGCAGCCGAUCGCGCGGAUGCGGCUAAGAAAGAAGCGGGUUCAAUAAAUCUUCAAAAAUUUACAACAAGUGUAAAGCCUUCUGGCAAUUGACAUUUAGAGGGGCCAUUCGAAAGGUGAGCUCAGGUAAUAAUGGCCGAACAGAAGCAGCUGGAAGUAAUUGCGAAUGAGACCUCAUCAGUCACCGGAUUGAGACGUCAGCCCACCAAAUAUCCCCACGGCCUCAACAUCACGGUGCAGACGAUCGACGAUGAUAAUGAGGUAUCUGUGAAAGAUCACAGUGACUACUCCCGCACCUCGGGCGAAUCGUGCUGGAGCGAGACCCAGAAAUACCGCAUUGGCAUGCUGGGGAGUCCCGAAACCCUGGCCGAACUUCAAGUUCGACGCUACAAGUACCCAUUGACGGCUAAUUACUAUCUGAAUGGCAAAGUGGACGGGCCCGAGAAGCCGACACCCUGGAUGCUGUUGGGCUAUGCUCGACGAGCAUGCCGGUGGAAAUACCUUAGAUGGCCCAUUAUUUUUGUAGCGAGUGUUUUGCUCUUUUUCGGACUGAUCACCUACUGUUUGUGGCUUCACGAUGUCAGCGUGGCUAGAGCCAAAUUCCUUCAGCGUCGCUAUGAAGCCACUUUGACAUCCACGAGCUCGAGCAGCAACGAAGUUUGGGAUGAGGAAACCACCGGCAGCACCACCGAAACGGGACCCCAGGAAACCACACGACUCAAGGCGGUGGAUGAUAGUGGGGAGAGUACGGAAUGGCCUGAAAUAUCGUUGGCAGAGGAUGGUGAGCCAUCGGAUGGAGACGAAGUUGGCGAUGGGGACUACGAUGACACCCUGCUGCCAGCGGAUAGUAUAAGAUUCACCUCGGGCCAUCAGAACAGCUUCGGGGUGCCCAUCGAGCAGGACAAGCGAAUGCUGCAGUUGCUCAAAGACUUACUGCCCAAACCCCAGGGGACUCCCGCUGGCGAUGAACAUCCUUUGACCCGGGUGUCCCCCACCCUACCGCCCCCCGCGGCAGCAAGUGAGCGACCCACACAGGCGAUGACCUUGACCACCCCCUCGACGACAAACAGUGGCUGCCAGUCGACCAUGCUGCCCAUGUGUCAGGGAGUGCUGGACUACGAUCUGACCUACAAUCGCGAAGGAACGGCGCCGCGGGAUGCGGGCUCCAUGGCAGCCUACGAGAAUCUCAUCCGGUCCAACUGCUCGGCGAGGGCGGCUGAGUUCAUUUGUGGCGCCCUGGAACCCGAAUGUCGACCCUCGCACAUCGGACAGCUGCCGCCCUGUCGUCGCAUCUGCAAGGCGAUUUUUGAGGCCUGUUCCAUAGCAAUCGCCAACUCGGAUGUCCUGAGCGAGCUGUUCGACUGCAGCUUAUAUCCUGAUGCCCACGAGAGCCACAAAUGCGAGGAUUCCACGAGGAGACGAGCUCAUUGCUAUGGCAACGAGUUCCAAUGUCAUGACGGGAGUUGCAUACCCCAAAACUGGCAGUGUGAUAAGAUCAAGGAUUGCCUAGGUGGCGAAGAUGAGGAUGAGCAAUGUUUGGUUUGUGAAGAGGAUGAAUUCCGGUGUCGCUCGAAUGAGAAAUGUAUCGCAGAAAAACUUCGUUGUGAUCAAAACUUUGAUUGCUUCGAUGGCAGUGAUGAGGAGGACUGUGAUGACUACGGAUCGGGGGACUUGGCUCCUUUCGAUGAGGCCGAACUGAACGCCUUCCCAAGGGUAUUUUCCUACGCCAGUUUCUUAUCUCCAAAUGAGACAAAUGAUAAGCUAUACACCUAUAUAACGGCCACCACCGAUGAGGAUGCGGGCACGGAGACCAAGUUCCAGAUACACAAGGUGGCUGCUCCUGCUCCGCCGGUAAAUUCUAGUGCUGAGGAACCUGCUGGAGGGCCCAAAGGAUUUGUGAACUUUCGUGAUAGCAAGGAGAUAAUGAUGACCAGCGAUUCGGAGAACAAGUUUAAAUAUUCCCAGAGAGCAAAUAGAACCUCUGUGAAGUUUAGCGUAGGAGCACCCACAACUCCGGCGGCCAGAACUGCAAGUGCGAUUCCCAGUUCGGCGUUGGUCCAGCAGCGGGAAAGAGAGAGGACCACCAGUACAAGUACCCCUAGUACAACUAGCACCACUUCAACCACAAUUGACCCACCCACAUCGAUGCCCACGCUCUUCGAAUUGGUGACUGCUCCAGGUGGUUGUCUUCCCCACGAACUUCGAUGCGUGAGUGGCAAGUGCAUCACAGUCAGUCAACUGUGCGAUAAGCAAAUAGAUUGUCCCGAUGCUGCUGACGAACUAAUGUGCGUUUAUCGGGAGCGUCCAAGUGGGAGACGCACCACAUCAACCACUUCAUCCACUGAACCACCCGCUACAUCAUCGGAACCACCUGAAACCAGUACUGCCACAACCACUAAUGCGGUGACCACUACAAGGCGUUCGUUGAGACCCACGCCCAACCGAAGUCGAAAGCCCAAGUCUUAGAAUGAUGUAGCUGUAGCUCGCAUCUAAUGUUUAUUUAUAUCUCUAUUAUUUCUCAUCACUUGUAUUUUCUUUCGCUCGCUAUAUGUAUGAUAAAUGAUGUCUAUGUAAAUCUUUGUUAGUGGCUAAGUUGUUUAGUGUUUAGAGUUGUUUGACUAUUUGUAUGUGCGUGAAAAUUGUAUUUUUAGCAAUUAAUAAAGUUUAAGAUGUGAGUAGCUUAAAAUAUU